GAGCCCCAUGCAUUGGUUCGCUUUCAUCCGCUCUAGACUCGAUUCUUGAGAGUAGUAGCUGUUCGUAAUUAUUAGCUUCUUUGAGAAUUUUCCCCGAAAAGCUUCCUUUUCCAAUCAAGGGUAGAUCCCAGAAUAUAGAGUGAAUAUAUAUAAUUCGUGAUCGCGCUUAUCCUAAAGGAUCUGGAUCAAGAAGCAAUAAGACAACAGUUCUACGUUUUUCGUAAUAGUAACGGAAUUAGCAGUGAUAAAUUUUCCAAAUAAAAGUGAAAAGUAUACUAUCAGGCUAGUACUAGGAUCCAAGGAUCUAGUCUUUUAUUAAUUCAAGCGGAUAUCUAAAGUGCUAUCGGGAUUAAAUUCCGCGAGUGACAUUUUAAUUUUUGUGGAUUAAAUUGCAAAUCAUUAAUCUAAAAUGAUGGCUGUCGCUGCUGCCCAAAAGAACCGCGAAAUGUUCGCCAUCAAGAAAUCAUACAGCAUUGAGAAUGGAUAUCCAUCUCGUCGUCGUUCGUUGGUAGAUGAUGCCCGAUUCGAGACUUUAGUUGUUAAGCAAACCAAGCAAUCGGUGCUUGAGGAAGCGCGUCAACGUGCCAACGAUGACAGCUUGGAAGAUUGCGUCCUCCAGGCCCAACAACAAGAACAUCAUGCCCCUCAAGAAGACAAAAUCGAAUUAAAUAAUGAAGAACAUGAUCAACCUCAGUUCGAAGAUGAGGAGGAAAUGAUUCCCAAUAUUGAAGUUCAUGAAGAGCAAGGAGACUAUACCGACGGCCGCCAAGAUGAUAAUGAAGAUGCUGGUCUCACCGAAGAAGAGGUUGUAUUAGCAAAUGCUGCUUCUGAAUCGCCUGAAGCUGAAAAUGCCGUACAACGUGCUGCAGUUGUAGUACACUUGAAGGACGGCAUGGGAUCUUUGGGUCGUAUCUUGAAGGCAGUUGAAACCUAUCGUGGUUCCAUCUUGCACUUGGAAUCACGUCCAUCACGCAACGAUGGCAUGGAUCACGAUGUUCUAAUCAAAUUGGAUAUGACUCGUGCCAAUCUUCUCCAACUGAUUCGCACCCUUCGUCAAUCCUCCUCAUUCGGUGGAAUUAGCCUUUUGGCCGAAAAUAACAUCAGCGUUAAGACUCCAUGGUUCCCAAAACAUGCAUCUGAAUUGGACAACUGCAAUCAUUUGAUGACCAAAUACGAACCAGAUUUGGACAUGAACCAUCCAGGAUUCGCAGAUAAAGUUUAUCGUCAACGUCGUAAGGAAAUUGCUGAAAUUGCUUUUGCCUACCGUUAUGGAGAUGCCAUUCCACGAAUUGAAUACACCGAAGUUGAGAACAAGACCUGGAAGGCUGUAUUCACAACAGUUGUAGAUUUGGUACAGAAGCAUGCUUGUGCCGAAUACAGAGCUGUUUUCAAGAAGCUUCGUGAUGAAAAUAUCUUCGUCGAGGAACGUAUCCCACAAUUGGAAGAAGUCAGCAACUUCUUGCGUCGCAACACUGGAUUCACCCUUCGCCCAGCUGCUGGUUUGCUCACAGCUCGUGACUUCUUGGCAUCAUUGGCUUUCAGAGUUUUCCAAAGCACACAAUACGUUCGCCACGUUACCUCACCAUACCACACCCCAGAACCUGAUUGCAUCCAUGAAUUGCUUGGACACAUGCCGUUGUUGGCUGACCCCAGCUUCGCCCAGUUCUCACAAGAAAUCGGUCUUGCCUCGCUCGGUGCAUCUGAUGAAGAAAUCGAAAAGCUCUCAACUGUUUACUGGUUCACCGUUGAAUUCGGUCUCUGCAAGGAACAAGGACAAGUAAAAGCCUACGGUGCUGGUCUCCUCUCUGCUUAUGGUGAGCUCCUCCACGCAUUGAGCGACAAACCAGAACUUCGUCCAUUCGAGCCAGCCUCCACCGCUGUCCAACCCUACCAGGAUCAAGAGUAUCAACCAAUCUACUAUGUAGCUGAAAGCUUCGAGGAUGCCAAAGAUAAGUUCCGUCGUUGGGUAUCAACCAUGUCCCGACCAUUCGAGGUCCGCUUCAAUCCACACACAGAACGUGUCGAGAUCCUUGACUCAGUAGACAAACUAGAAACUCUUGUCUCGCAAAUGAACACUGAACUGCUACACUUAACAAAUGCAAUUAGCAAAUUGCGAAACCCCUACUAAAUGGAUAAAAACGGCAAGUAAAAGGCACGGCCGAGCCUUGCGCGCACCCAUAUCCAAAUAGUCCUAAGAUUAUCAUCCUGCCCCUCUCUUAGAUUCCUAGGAUCUAAGCUCUGCAUACUAAUGUGAAACAACACUCCUCUAUAUCGAAUUUUUUUGUGGAGCAGAAAUCAUUUGUAUAUUUUGUUGUGUUAUUUGUAUUUAUUAUUGGACCAAAUAUGUUUUAGGAUGUAAGGCAUUUGUCAUUUGUAACCAACAAAUGGGCGUCAAAACAAACACAUGAAACCAGUGUUCUAGCGAUAGCUUUUCGGGAACAAAUAUUGGCACUAGGAAAAUUAUUUGUGAAACUUAAUUGGAAGAGAAAUUACAACUAACUGACAACAUCUAUCUUCCUCCCCUAUUUGCCUGGGAUGAGUGAUGUAGAUGACAAACUGUUUGAACAAUUUUCAACUAUAUUCAAGAUUAGAGCGAUAUCUGUGCACCUGAAUACAGUUCAGGUGUGAUCACUAGGCUCACAAAAUGUAUUUCUCAAUGUAUUUUUGUAUUGUACUUGAUUAGGUUUUAGUAUUAGCACAUUGAACCAGCACUCUCUCUUCCUCUUAGAGCUCAAAGUUUCCUGUAAUCCAAUAUCUGUUACUCCUCAUCUUCAUUGUAAUUAUUUAUUACCUACUCUGUACUUGUAUUACUUGUAUUGUAUUGUAUUAUUAUAUUUGUAUUCUUGUCAAGAAAUGUAUUGAAUUGUACAUGAUUCGAGAAAGUAGUCUAGUACUUAUGCGCUAUUUUUAAAUUAAAAAUGCAAAAUAAAAACCAAUAAAAAAAUAAAUAAA